GAGAGCGACUGCAGGCGUCAAUGUCAGCGUUCUCUAGCCGUCAAGAGCGAAGGGGAAACGGCCACGAUGUCGCAGGGGGGCUCUGCGCCUCGCCCUGUGUCCCGCCAUUCUUCUCGGUCUCCGGUGAGGGGGACGGAUGCCACAUCCUCUCCCCCGCUCCAGCGAAGCCGUACCCAACAAGAUGAGCCGAGAGCGCGGGCGGCGCUUCCCGACCCCGCCGGUAUUGCGCCAACUCAGGGCGAUGGGGCCCCCCAACGUACCGCAGGCAGGACUCCGGACACCCGCGAUAGACCGCUGGACCCGGUAAGGCCACACCCAGUGUUGGCUGACCGUCCACCGUCUCUUCCGCAGUUUUCGGCUUCGGGAGGAAACGCGCAACCGGCCACGGCGGCGGCCCAGUAUGGGUUGGAAGGAUCGCCGUCCAGUGCUGUUGUUUUCCAGCCCCCGGCCGCUGCCACACCACGAUCAGCGAGCCAGGUUCUCGCCCGGACGACAUCUCCCGUGGCGCCGCCUCCGUCCGCGGACCAGACUUCUCCCCAACCUAUACAUCCGUAUCCUAUGGCCGCGAGGCGGAUUCUGACCCCGAGGUCACCGAGAGCCACUAGCCUUAGUCGAGCGGCGAUGAGGACGCUGGAGGCGCAGCACCUCGCGGCGAACCUACCGGCUCCUUCCGAUCGGAGUACAGUCGCGACGCACGAUCCCCAGGCGCAGGGCAGCGGGCCUCCGGCUCUGGGAACACCACCGCACUUCCACGGUCCUGCCUCUGGAGGACGACCACCUUCACCGACCGGACCAACCUCCGGACUUGCUCGGUCGCUCUCGCAGCCCAGCUUAAACCUGGGUCUCCCCUCGGCAUCACCGUCCGAACUGCGACAGACAACAAGCACAAAGCGCGAGCAUGACGGGCGGCCAGUCGUGCCAGGGCCACCAUUUCCCGCGCCGAUCUCCGCCAGCCGGCCGUUUGGUGCCCGGGGGGCUCUAGGAGACGUCUGGGGACCUGGGCCGCUGUCCUCGCUGCCUGCUGGCGCGUCCAGGAACCUACAAAUUGCCGAAGGUCAUGCUCUUUUCGCCAUCACGCCAACACACGGGGAGGAGAUUGUGGUCCCCAUUGACACCCACCAUGCAUCAAGGCAAGCGGAUCAGAAGAGGCAGCGCAAUGCAGGGGCAUCGGCGAGGUUCCGACAGCGGAAAAAGGAGCGCGAGAGAGAGCAGCAGGAGGAGAUGCAGAAGCUGGAAAACGAAAACCGAGAGCUGGGCAAGAAGAACGAGGAGCUGGCCAAGCGCUGCCAGGAACUCGAGGCCGAGCGAGACUUUUACCGAAACGAGCGAAACCGCUUGAGAGACUUGAUCUCCAAGACGCCGGGGAUGACGGAGUGGGCCGACCGGGGACCACCAAGUCCAAUCUCGAGAACCGGGGGGACUCCCGCCGGCAGCAUGCUCCAGGCUCCUCAACCGCCUCCGCCCCCGCCUCCGGUGCACCCACACUCGCACUUCCAACCCCCCCCGACGCCGUUCGCCCAGCCCCCCGCCCACCCUCGCCCUCACCCCCACCCGCGCUCGAGUUCGUACGUCGACCCAUCCGGGCUUGAACCGCCCGCGAGGCGGAGACGAACCGACUCCGAGCCGCACCUGCCCAGCAGCUCCUACAGCCUGGUCACGUCGACUCACCUGCCGCCGAUCACCAGCCCGGCCCCUCCUGCGGCUGCUGGUGCUGCUGCUGCUGCCUUUGGCGUGCCGCCUUCGCCCCAUUUGACGCCGCCGCCGGCGGGCGUCGCGCGAUUGCCGCCGCUGCGCUUCGACCAGUCUCGCACCCCCUCGACGACCCCGCCGCCCAUCGCGACGGUGCCGCCCCCGCCGGCGAUGCCGCCGCAGCCGUCUGACCCGUACGCUACUACGAGCAGGAGACCGCCGUACGAGGCUGGGUGGGCGACAGAUCCGCGUGGCCCGACCGAUGGCGGGCCCAGGUGA